AUGGCGGUCGACAGCGCGCCGCAGGCGCUGGCAGAUGGGGAGGCGGAGCCGCCGAUCGACGAGGGCGCGGCGUCCCUGCUCAAGCUGCUGCCCAAAAGGCUCCGCCGGCAGCUGAAGCAGCAUGCGCGGCCGGCCCCUGGCGCGCCGCGCCUGAAAGAAGUGCUGCUGCACGGCCACCGCCGCCCCGCGCUGGCGCGCCUGAGCGACGGCGCAACAACAGAGCUGCGGGAGCGGGUGCCUCUGUCAGAGGCGCUGGAAGCGCUGUCAGGCGCCAGGCGGCGCUGCAUGGAUGGGGACGAUGAUGCGGGCCAGCGCGGCGGCGGCGGGGCGCAGAGGGACCAGGCGCGGCCGCGCUCGGCGGCGGGCGGAAAAGGCGGUAGCAGCGGCGGCGGCGUUGGCGGCGGCGGGCCCUUGUUUGAUUCUGACAACCGGAUGGCCCUGCCAGGCUGCCUGCACCGCAUCAGCGCCGCCGCCGGCCGCGACAGGGCCGUGUGCGGCCUGACCUACCGCGUCGGGCGCCACGUGCCCGGCGCCGCCGCGCCGCUGCUCGACAUCCUGACUCAAAUCAAGCGUGCGCAGCGCGGCGGCGGCGGCGGCGGCGGCGGCGGCGGCGCCGGCGGCAGCGCAUCCCUGGGCGGCGGCGGCGGCGGUGCCCCGUCGCUGCUGCUGCUGGGGCGGCCGGGGGCCGGGAAGACGACGCUGCUGCGGGAUGUGGCGCGGGUGUGCGCCGACGAGCUAGGCCUGUCCGUGGUGGUGGUGGACACGAGCAACGAAAUCGCCGGCGAUGGCGCAGAACCCCACCCCUGCAUCGGGCGCGCGCUGCGGCUCCAGGUGCCGCACAACAGGAGCCAGGCUGAGGUCAUGUUGGAGGCGGUGCAGAAUCACGGCCCCGAGGUUAUCAUCGUGGAUGAGAUCGGGUCAAAAGAGGUGCGCCGCGCCGGCACCGCCGGGCCGGGGGCGAGGGAGGGAGGCGAUGGCUGCGUGUCAAGCUGA